AUGGAAGUCUUCCUUCGCAAUGAGCCAGUGUCUCCAAAGAGGGCAGCCUAUGCCAUGGUUCAAGCUCACAACCACGUCACAAGAGUUGGUGGCUAUGCUCCGGCUCAAUGGGCAUUUGGCCGCUCAGAGAACCCCAAGGAGAAUGUUGCAGCAUCUUGUUCUGAGGCCACUCCUGGUCAUCAGAUGGCUGAGAACCUUCGUUUGCGCAUUGAAGCUGAACAUCUCCACAACAAGUUGACUGCCUCAGCAAGACUGUCAAGAGCUCAGAACUCCAGGAGCAAGAAAGUGAAGCAGUACAUCCCUGGCGACCUGGUGUACUACCUGAGACAUCGCACGCCCCGGAGGGCACCUUCGAAUGCAGAUGUCGACAUGCCGAGGAUGAGAAUUGCCAGAUGGUUUGGCCCUGCUCGUGUCCUCGCUUCAGAGACAAGAAGAGAUGAGACUGGUACCAUCUGUGCACCUUCGAGCACAGUGUGGCUGGUUAGCUGUGGGCGACUUCUCAAGACCCACAUGGACCAGUUGAGGCAUGCAAGUGAACGUGAGUUGAUCAUUGCCAAUGCCUCCAACACUAUGGCUACUCCCUGGACCUUUAGCAUGUUGACGAGUUCCUUGCAAAAGGGUUCAUUUGAAGAUCUCACCUCAUCCAGGGCAGAACGUUUUGAGCUGAAGAGGAAACAAACCUUUCGCCCACCGCUGCCAAAGCGACAGGCCAUUGAGACUGAGGACGACCUUGAGUACACUCCUUCCGGUGCCAGCGAGUCAUCUGAAGAGCUGGUGCCUGAUGAUGGUGAUGUCCACAUGGAUCCUACCCUUCGAGAAGGGAUGCACCCUGACGACAGUGAUGAACUGGACAUUGAACGUCUUUUGGACGACCCGCAGUACAUGCCACUUCAUCCUCUCCAACCACCUGAUCCAAGUUCUGAUGCGUCCAUGCCUGAGUCAAGCUUCAAGCAAGCUCGGAGAAAGCAUGAACAAGAAGAUCGGCCACAUCAUGCCAAAUUUCCAAAGAAGUACCAAAACCCUGAUUUGGUUGGCUGGUGCUCCGAGCCCUCGAAUGACAUGGUGAUGUCCGUGGGCCAAGCUGUACGCCUCCUUCGUGCAGCCUAUGGGCUAGUCAGUGCACCACGUGAGUGGUACAGAGAUGUCGAUCGCAUCGCCGCGACUCAGUGUGGCCUGAUCCGCCUGGUGUGCGAACCUUGCGUUUGGAUCUGCAAAGAUGCUCAAGGGGUGGUUCAAGGUGUUCUGGCCAGUCACGUCGACGACUUCAUCGUGACCGGCAAUGAAAGCAAUGAGCUAUGGAUGAAAACGCUCACCACCUUCCACCAAGCCUUGAAGUGGAGCCCGUGGGAACCUGAUCCCUACAUUCACUGUGGUGUCGAAGUACAUCAGCAGGCGAAUUAUGGCUUCAACCUCAGCCACGAGCAAUAUGCCUCGCAGAUCAAGCAGAUCGAGAUUGACAAGUCCUGCUCCCAUGUGCAACAGCUGGAAGCCGCCUCGGAUUCAGAGCUGGUGAUCAUCCGAUGCUGCUGUGGCCAACCGGCACUUGGUGAAGCCGAGCAGGAGGUGAUGUUCUGCCGUGCCUUGUGGAGCGAGCUUCUUGGACAUCCUUUCAAUCCCAGGUGUCCAGAGCAGUCGACGAAGCUGGUGAAGAGCGCACUGGUGAUAGACGCUAAGUCAGCCUUUGAUGCCUACCACAAAGGCGAAGGUGCUUCUGCGGCAUUCAGCCUCAAGGAGAAGUAUUCAGCUCUUGAACUUCUCGCCAUCCGCGAGAACAUGUUCACGGCAGCGAAGAAGAAGCCGAAGGUCAUGGAAGACCGCUUGGACGACAUGUCUGAG